AUGGCGCACAUCACCAUUAAUCAGUAUUUGCAGCAAGUACAAGAAGCCAUUGACAGCAGAGAUGGACAAUUUUGUGCAGAAUUGGUAUCAUUUAAACAUCCACAUGUUGCAAACCCGAGGCUACAGCUUCCAUCUCCAGAGGAGAAAUGUCAACAGGUUUUGGAACCACCAUAUGAUGAAAUGUUUGCAGCCCACUUAAGGUGUACUUACGCUGUUGGAAACCACGACUUUAUAGAAGCAUACAAAUGCCAAACAGUUAUUGUUCAAUCUUUCCUGCGAGCAUUUCAGGCACAUAAGGAGGAAAACUGGGCUUUACCUAUUAUGUAUGCUGUAGCCCUUGAUCUUCGAAUUUUUGCUAAUAAUGCAGAUCAACAGCUAGUGAAGAAAGGGAAAAGCAAAGUUGGUGACAUGUUAGAAAAAGCAGCGGAACUGCUGAUGAGCUGUUUUCGAGUCUGUGCCAGUGACACUCGAGCAGGCAUUGAAGAUUCCAAAAAGUGGGGAAUGUUGUUUCUCGUGAAUCAACUGUUUAAAAUUUAUUUUAAGAUCAACAAGCUCCAUCUAUGUAAGCCCUUAAUUAGAGCAAUUGACAGCUCAAAUCUGAAGGAUGAGUAUAGUAUGGCACAGCGAGUUACGUACAGAUAUUAUGUUGGACGCAAAGCCAUGUUUGACAGUGAUUUUAAGCAAGCUGAAGAAUAUCUGUCAUUUGCCUUUGAGCACUGUCACCGCUCAAGCCAGAAGAACAAAAGAAUGAUUUUGAUCUACCUGCUGCCAGUAAAAAUGUUGUUGGGCCACAUGCCAACAGUUCAGCUCUUAAAAAAGUAUGACCUUAUGCAGUUUGCUGAAGUAACAAAGGCUGUGAGUCGAUGUGGAAUCUUUCUUAUCCUUGAGAAGCUGAAAAUCAUCACGUACAGAAAUCUCUUUAAAAAAGUAUACUUACUACUCAAAACCCAUCAGCUGUCUCUAGAUGCCUUUCUGUUUGCCCUGAAAUUCAUGCAAGUAGACGAUGUUGAUAUUGAUGAAGUCCAGUGCAUUUUAGCUAACCUCAUAUAUAUGGGUCACAUUAAAGGCUAUAUAUCUCAUCAGCAUCAAAAGCUUGUGGUCAGUAAGCAGAACCCGUUUCCUCCACUGUCAACAGUCUGUUGAGUAUUGUGUCUUAUCCAUGCAAGUACUUUUUAGAUACUCAGCUUGCCCAGUGGGGCUGCUCCUAAUCACCCCGAGAACACUGUAAAUGACCUGGUUCGUGUCCAGGACUGGAAUACCAGGAACUGUUUGUGGCUCCUUUCCCAGAAUGACCAAGGCUGCCAGUGUUACAAAGCGCGUUGGAAUGAAAUGCUAACUUUUCAAUGACAGUUUCCGUGGGCUUUCUAGAGCUUUCGAAGUAUCUCAUGAGGAAAUAAAGCAAAGCAUUCCAAAUUCCUUCCAAAGUACUUAAAAGCUUUUAUAAAGUACUAUGUGUUACUAUUUUUGCAUUUAUCUUUCAUAGAGGAGAAGUAUCAUCCUUUGUUUCUUGUGUUAAUCCAUUCUUCAAAGUGGAAAUGAUGUUUUCCAUUUUUUUUAAGUCUCUUCAAUAAUCUUGCUGGUAUUAAAUACUCUCUUCAAGCCUUCUCUAAAAACUAGAGAAGUGCUUGACACCAAAA